UGGAAACAUGGCUAAGGUUUUGCACGAGACUGAAACCACUCCGGACAGUACCCCACCCAGAGAAGAGCAGGAUGACAAUGCCAGCAUGAAGCAGUACCUGAGAAACAAAAACCUUGUUCUGGAUUUCCUGCGCUCUGACCUGAACCCCCACCACCUCCAGUACCACUGGAACAAAGUUCAUCUUCUGAAGAAGUGUUACUUUUACUUGAAGUUUGAGCCCAGACACGUGUGCGUGAGAGACCAGAACAAUAUGAUGAUUUUUGCUGACAUCUUGCAAAUAGCAAACCCCUGCCAACUCCAGAAGAUCAAGAAGGUGGGAAAAAAACAGACUGAAAUCCAGCUGGCACUUUUAACAGAGCUGUUGGAACAGCUGGAACGAGGCCGGGAGGAGCUGAGCCGUUACGUACAGAUAUGUGAUGUAGAAGAUUUCCUCUCCCAGUGGGACUUGAAUAUAAAGAGAGUGCUGAAGCUCUCCAUGUUUUUCAAUAAGCUCAUUUCCUUGGAAGAGCCAAGGAAGCUCCAUGUCAAGCACAGUUUGGUGUCACAGAUACAUCUCGGAGGUGCUCUACACCCUCCCAUUACUUUUUCUCUCUACACGAAGAAGCCGCCGAUUUUUGAUCGGAUAGAGUCGUUCGCGUGCCAGACCUGGGCCCAGCUCAAGUGGUUCACUGAGAGUCAAGAGUCUCACCUGGAACGAUGGCAGCUGGAGAUCAAGCUAGUGACAGAUGACAGUCAGACAGAACCAGGAUACGGUCGGACCCAGGAAGUCAUCUCCAACCCGUGUGUAAUCAACCACCUGCUGCCUGGCAGGUUGUAUGAGUUCAAAGUGAGGAGAUCCGACACUCACACGCUCGUCUACUCGCAGUGGCACGACUGCAUUAUAUUGAAGACAAAAACUCACCCUGCUGAAGACACCAAGGAAGCCCCCAACCGCAGCCUGAUGAGGCGGCUCACAAGACCGACUCCCUCAGUUUAAUGGUUUAAUUAAAAAGAUGAAUAAGAGUAAUUAAAAAGAAAUUGUUUAAA